CCGAUCAGUUGUUAUGAUAAACGUCGAGGGAGAGGUCAUCUCCUCGACUGGAACACGUCUGCGGUAACACUGAUGCUGAGGAUCCCCUGCAGGCUGAGUGCGCGCUGCCACAGGAUCAGUUUUUAGUCGCCAGCGGUGCGCGUCAGUUCUGAUCCAACACACACGAGCUGGAUGGGGACCGGUUGCAUCGUUUUUAAAGUUUCACCCCUGCUGCCUCUUUCAGCGCAGUGGGAUUUAUACCUCUGGAGGAAAAUUUGAGAAUUGAUGACUUUGUGUUUUUGCGUGUGCUGCUCUACUAUGGUGGAGAGCGUGCGUGCGUAAUGGGCAGAUAUGUUUUCGCUCUGUGGAAGUUCAGCCGUGCGCCCGCUCCCCUAACUCAAACUAUCAUCUUUGCGUUCUGAUCAUCAUCCUCUGACUGAACUCUGCAGAAGGUUUAAAACGACAUGGCCAGCGAGCGGAGACCGCGGCUUUGUGUCAUGGCUAAAGGGGACAACGGGUAUGGAUUUCACUUGCAUGGCGAGAAAGGGAAAAGCGGACAGUUCAUCCGCAAAGUGGAGGCUGGCUCCCCCGCUGAAGCGGCGGGGAUGCGCGCAGGAGACCGAGUGGUGGCAGUGAAUGGAGUGAACGUGGAGAAAGAGACGCAUCAUCAGGUGGUACAGUGGAUCAAAGCCAUAGCCAACGAGACCAGGUUACUCGUGGUGGACAAUGAGACACACGAAAGUCUGCGGAGCCUGCGCCUCACGGCUACAGAGGAGAUGGCUGUUGUCAGGAGGGGCCCUUCUUCCUCUCCCCCGGCGUCCCCGUCCCCAUCCCCGUCCUCAGUCCCGUCCACCCCGGGAAAGAAGCGGGAGAACGGCUCUGUGUCCAAGCAGCCGCUCAUGCUGAGUGGCCAGGUGCAGAAGCCCACCAGGAGGUCGCCAUCGAAGGCAGCGAAGAAGGAGGCUCUUGCUCAGGCUGACGCUCACAUCCACGCGCAAUCCCAGCCACGGCUCCAGGUCAGCCCGUCUGAGCUUGUGCCACGUCUGUGCCACCUGGUGCGGACAGAGACGGGCUACGGCUUCAACCUGCACAGUGAACGCUCACGACCCGGACAGUACAUCCGCUCCCUGGACCCAGGAUCACCUGCAGACGGCGCCGGGCUCCGGCCACAAGACCGACUCAUCGAGGUAAAUGGUGUGAACAUCGAGGGCAUGCGGCAUGCAGAGGUGGUGGCCUUCAUAAAGAAAGGGGGAGACGAGACCUGGCUGCUGGUGGUGGAUCCAGACACAGACGAUCACUUCAAGAGGAGGGGGGUUAUCCCCACAGUUGCACAUGUCAAAGACUAUGAUGGUCCGUCCAUAUCCAACGGCUCCCCCAGCCCUCAGAUCAACGGCAGCUCCACCACACAGUCCAUCAGGUCCACGCGCUCCGACCUCAGCAGCCAGGGCAACAGCACACAGCUGGCGGACGACGAGGGCAGCCCGUUGUUGGAUCCAUUCGCUGAGAUGGGCCUGAGUCUAAGCGCCACGGCAGCAGAGGAAAAGAUGAAGGUGCACGCCAAAGAAAAGAGGAAGGCACCACAGAUGGACUGGAUGAAGAAAUAUGAACUCUUCAGUAAUUUCUGAGACAGUCCCCUCACGGGACACUUCACAGAACACAGGACAGAGCUGUCUGCAGCCCUCUGCGUGGAUGAGUUUGUGUUGUUGGAGAACAUUCUUGCGACGCUUAAGACGACUCUAUACAACUGAACAUCAUUUGUUCCUGGAAUGAAAAGUGGCAGAGGAAUAAAGUCGUACAACGGAUUUUACUUCAGCCACUUAAGAGACUCUUAAAAUGUUAAAUGUCCCUCAUCAAAGUACAAUAAAGCGUUGACUGACCUCAGAAACUGACAUGGACACAGACAUGUACUCAUAAACAUGCUUUCACGAAUUUGCCUAAAUCCCCAUCACUCCUUCUCUACUUGUAUCAUUCCUUUUCAUGCCUACACUUCGAGUGACUUGUUUCAAACAAAUGGGGGAGGCAGUUAUUUUUAUAUUUUACAUAUAUAAACUAUAAACUACAGAUAAGCAUUAUCCCAACAUCAUGGUCUGGAUCGUGGACUGGAUUUCUGACAGUUUAAUGGACACUGUGACAUUAAUGAUUGUGGACUUUGUCAGUCAGCGGAAGCCCUAACUUGGCAGAAGAUCACUGUGAAUGAGCUGAGACCCCCCCCCCCCCCUCCAGCCCACCAAGACAAUUAACCACUGACUGAGAAAAGGAGGGCUGCGUGUGCUGGUUUUGUAUAAUGUACUCUACAUCUAUUUGUACUUUAACAAGGAGAUGAUCAAGUUAUCCUCAGCUUAAGCCCACAUAUAUGCACCAGCUGAACCGCUUCAGAUCUGCCUUGCUUUAUUCAGAAAGAACCAUUGUUACUUUCAUAUAAAAUACGCUAAUACGUGUAUCACAACUAGCCUCUUUCUCCAAAUUGUGCUCCAGUGUGCAUAACGAAGGUAAGCACCACUAAAAUUGAAUGCAUUGAUGAAGUAAAUAAUAGAAAAUGGAGGUUUCUCAGGCCAAGCCGGUCGAUUAAUGCGAUCUAUAUUGUUGAGAGCUUAAAGCAACACUAUGUUACUUUAACAAACAACAGCGCCCUCUGCAGACAGACAGUUUUUUAAAUGUAGAGAAAAAGUAUCCCUUCACAGCUGUGACUGCGUAGUCCCGUAGUGAACGGUGGAUAUUACUCAUGACCCCCGGCUUCCAUAACCAGGAGAGCUGCAGCUGUAAGAAAAUAAACCAAAGCCUGUUUAAAGAUUAUUGAUAUUUUAAAAGUUUCCCCGCUGACAACUGGAGAUAGACGUUUUUAAUUCAUUUAAGUCUUUCUAACUAUCUACCAUUCCACUACACUCUUCAUCUUGACGAACCUAAGUCUAGAAAUCCAAGAACAGUUAUGUACGUCUCGCAGGAGAUUGUACCCGCUCACCAAAGUUAGAUUGAGUAAGAACAGGUGUUGGUGUUGAGCAGAGGGAAUGAAAGCUUCAACAUUCUCCCUUUUACAAGUCAGCGUAGCGUUAAUAUUGAAGCUGCUAUUUUAAAGUUUAAAAAGGUGCUUAGUGUUGCUUUAAUGUGAACAGCAGAGGGCAAACUUACACCACAAAUAGAGACGUAUUUUUGCACUUAAGUAUGUGUUUACCCAGAGAUCAUUUGGCAUCAGACAAUGUCCUAGAAAAGAAAUAUGAAUUCAGGUGAGGUGGAGGAAAGAAACUCAAAAUGAUUUGAGGAUUUAGGUAUUAAAGAAUAAUCAUAAUUUGAUUAUGUGAAGGACACUUUUACUUUUACUUUAGUUAUUGUGUUAAAUUUACACCUGUAACUGUGAUUUCAAAGCAAGCUCAUAUAAAUGGUGGAACAUAAUUGUCAGUAUGAAUGAUCAACUAUAAAAAUUAAACUGAAUGAAUUUAAAAGGGAUUUUCUCACAACAUAUUUGUCAAGUAUAAGAAAAAGGUUAAAUUUAUGAGGUUAACAGUCGCACAAUUACCUCUGCUUUCUUUCUUUUUCUUCCCAGUUCACUUCCUGUCAAUACAUUCGCUUCUGACCUGACCCCCCCCCACACACACACUUUCUUGUCCUUAAAUUAAUUCCUCAACCUUCACGUUUAGCUUUGUAUAGGUUGUUAAUUGUAUUUACAGAGUAAUGUAGUUUUUUAGCAUUAAUGACAAUCAGUGUCUCGUAAAAAGCGUGGUUAGCCAGCCAGUUAGCCUAGCUAGCCACUAACUGAAGAGCCCAUCCAGUUUAAACCCGCGGCGCUCUGCUGGCUUGUAGCGUCCCACAGUAAGGAGCAUACAAGACUCUUUGCUUGCAGGUCCAACUUUAACAUGUCCAUUACACUAUGAACAAUAUAUACAACGCUAACUGUGAAAGUAAGACAGCACUGUGUGGAGAUCAGGUUGGCGGUGAAAGUAACAUUAGUCAAACAUUUAGGGGAAUCGAACCAACGGGCAGUGACGAAAGCGUAAGUACGUCAUACUACAAGUGCUAAUUUUUGGAAAGACAAAAGUUUGAAUAUUGAAACCUCUCCUGUUCAACUUGGCAGCAGGUUAGCUUAGCUUGGAAACAGGUAUAAAAGUUUAGCCUAGCUCCGUGUAAAGUGAACAAAAGCAAGCUAAACACAUCUCUAAUUCACCCACCUGUUGUUUACUUUGUGCAAAUAAUUAAGUGUAAACAGAAAAUUUGUCAAAUAUAAGAAUCUGGGCUUCUGACUAAUACUAACUGCAAAUGUGCUAAGCUAACCUAGCUUGCUGCUCACUGAAAAGCUUUCCAAUUCACAGAAACCAUAGUGGGGACAAUUCUCUCAGAAAGGCAAAUGAGCACAUUUCAGCACGGCACAUUCCUCCGGGUCAGGGAAGAAAGUGGGAUCAAGGCUCAGAAGUGCAAAGUAGCAGAUAUUAAGAUGAACGGAUGUGAUGAGGUGUCACAUGAGCGGUGUGUGUUAGCAUGGUCACAUGAUGGCGUACGGGAGACGCACAGAGUGAGGUCAGCGAUGCCCUGGAGGAUCUGGUCAAAGAGACGGUGGGAGCCAUGGGGAUUAUCGAGGAUUACUACACAUACAGGGACAGCUGUCAUACACAUGCUCGCACACAUUCUGAGCACUGUGUCCGUGAACCUAUGUGUAGAGAGGACGUCCACCACGAAACCCUAAGCAAUGCUGAUGAAAAGGCCUAUGCUACAACAAGUGGGACUGCAAGUUGGAGAAAUGCCAUGUAUGCUGAGAGCUUUAGUUGUUGUUUUGUGUUGGUGCCCAUGCAUCCAUACCCUUGUUCUUACUUUGCAGAGCACACACAGAAGGUACUGGCUCAUCCCUGCGUGAAAUGGUGAAGCAAACAUUACCGCAGGUUUUUUUUUUUCUGUUUUUUUUUUUCAAUAAAGCGUGACUAUUGCGAUUUUGGAUAUAUUCAA